AUGGCCAAGCCAGGCGGUCGCCGAAGCGCGGAAGCUCCAGCGCAGGCACGGCGAGGCCUACGGCCGAGCCACAGCACCAGGCGCACCGGCGGCGACGAGAUCGUCACGGCACACCACGGCCGUGUCGCAGAUGCGUUUGGGGCGAACGAUGGCGGCGGCGAAACACGGAUCGACGCGGAUCAACGGGCGCGCCGUCGAGCGGCCGUUCGUUUGCGACCGAUCUCGCCGGCGGGGGCGGCCGGAGAUGGCCGGAACAAUUCAGCGAGCACGGCGGCGACGCAGGGAUCGCCAGAGCUCGGGGAGGAAGGGGAUGACGAGGAGGAGGAGGACGACGAGGAUGACAAAGAGGACGGCGACGAAGAAGACGAGAAGGAGGAGGAUGCCAUGGAGGAUGCAGAGUAUCUCGUGGAGGUUGACGUGGCCGGCGUGAGAAAGAAUAAGAAGGCAGCCUCGGGCUCACGAGGCCCCAAGUGGAAGGUUCUGAAAGAUCAGUGCCUCUGCAAGUCGUGGUCGACGGUGAGCUACGACUCGAUCAUCGGCACCAACCAUAAGUAG